AUUAACCAAUUUAUGAAUGAUUUUCAUCUGAAGAAAAGGAAUAGACAUUUGCAAUGAAUUUGGUGAAAUAUGAUAUUAGAAAAUCAUUGGCAAUUUUAUACUAAACAUAAACCAAUAUGUGGAUAUUUAUUAUAUACUACUAAUGUUAAGAAAAGCUAUUGAUUCAAUGUUAAUUUUAUUACGUUUUGAUGAAAGAAAAGAUUAUUAUAAUUCAAUAUCUCCAAAUUGGUUAUGGAAUUCUACAUUUGUAGAUAAUUCUUUCCCUAUCAAUACUACUACUACUAUUACUACUACCACUACUCCUACUACUACUACUCCUACUACUAAUACUCAUAUAAGUAGCAUAAAUUGCAAUAUGAGUCGUGAUAACCUAAUAACAACACCAUUAUUAGCAGAUUCUAAGGAAUUAUCAUAUAGAAAUAAUAAUCACAAACUAAAUCGGGCAAAAUCCAUACCAAAUCGUAAUUCAAUAAUGAAUUAUAAUAAAAGAUCAAAACGUAAUGAAAAGAGAAAUAAACGAAAAAAUCAAUUCAAUCAUAUACGUUUACAUAGUUAUGAUGAAAGUAUAAAAGCUGAUCUAAAUGAUAAUUCAUAUUAUGAAGAUGGUGAAUUUGGUACUGAUAUUACAUAUUUACCAUUAAGUGAAUUUAAUAAUUCUAUGGAUCAAUUAAAGAUUUCAAAUAAGACAAUAGUCAGUAAUACUACUACUACUACGACGACGACAACGACAACGAUGACGAUGACGAUGACGUCGAGGACGACGUUGACUACCACUACUACUAAUACUACUACCAAUAGUACUAACACAUAUAAUAAGAAUACAGAAGCUAGUAGAUUAACUGUAGAUGAAGAAGCUAGAAAAGAUCACUUUAAUUCUUCAUCAUUACCAAUAUUGUUACAUCCACCAUCACAAAUAGCACACCAAAAGUUAGAAACAUCUUCAACAAUACAAUUACCAUCGCUAUCAUCAUUGUCAUCCUCAUCACCAUCAUCAACAUCACCAUCAUUGUCAUCAUCAUCCCCAUCAGGUUCAGUAAAACAAAUCACUAAUCCAAAUCACUUGAUAAACAAUCAUUCUAAUUUGAUAUUGAAUGAUGAUGUAGAUAAAAACAAAAUGAAUAAUUUUCAUUUAUUAAUUGAUUUUCAUAAAAGAUUAAAUAAACAAAAUAAACAAACAUUAAAAAAUGAUCCUUUUCAAAAUCAACAAGAAUUAGCCUUGACAACAACACAAACAAAUUGGACAUUAUUAUUCCCUAAUGUAAAAAUAACAGAAAAUAAUCAUAAACAUGAUCAUAAUCAUAAUCAUCUAUUCAAUGAAUGUAUAACUGAUUGUAUAAAAUUGAAUGAUUCUCAAAAAGGAACAUAUCGAACUCCAGUCACUCAUACUUCAGGUAGUAAUGACGUAAUAUUAAUAAACAAUGAAAAUCUACAAAACAAUCCCAUAGCAACAACAACAACAACUACUACUAUUAGUUCAUUAAUCAAUAAUUAUUUCUUACAAAAACCAUAUACAUCCAAUAUUCAUUUUAAUACAAGUCGUUCAAAUAGUGGUCAAACAUUAAUUGAUCAAAAUAUUGAACCAAAAAAUGAUUAUUAUCAUCGAUCUAAAUUAAAUAGAUUAAAAAAAUCGAUAAAACGAAAACAUCGAUCUCAUUCAUUUAUUUAUCAACAAUCAGUGAAAUCAAUAUCGUCAUCAUCAUUGUCAUCAUCACCAUCAUUAUCAUCACCAUCAUCAUCAUUAUCAUUAUCAUCUUCAUCGAAUUUAUGUUUUAUUAAUUCAUUAAAUCAUUGGUCAAAAUAUCAAUAUCGAAAACAUUGGUCAUUUACAUUUUAUGAUUUUGAAAAUGAACAAAAUUUAAAUGAGGAUGACACUGCAUUAGUACAUUCAGUUUUUGCUGUUGUAGCAGCUCGUCUACGAAAAAAACACAAUGGUUCAAAAGGUUUUAUUAAAAAAGUAUCAGAAUAUGAAAAAUUAGGUCAAAAUCACUAUGAUAAUAGUACUACUAAUAAUAGAAAUAUUCAUGAAAGUAAAUCAAAAUCACAUCAAACCAGUAAACAAAUACAUCAACAUAUCAAAUUGGCUAGUUAUACUUCAAAUGAUCUAACUAAACAAGCUAAAUAUAAAGAGAUGAACAAUAAUGAUGAACAACAAUCAUGGCAUUUAUGUAUUAAAUGGAAUCCAAAUCAUUUAUCAAAUCAAUCAACAUUUAAUUCUAUCAAUAUACAUGAUCAAAACAAAACUCUUUCCAAUAAAACAACUCAUCAAUUAAAAUUAAAAAAAACACAUAUCCUUGCUACACUGGGUACAGAAAUUGAUAAAACUUCAUUAUGGAAUAAUAAUAAUUUCAUAGAUUCAUUACUAUCAGCUAAUAUACAUGGAUUAGAUCAAAUAGAUAGGCAACAACAACAACAACAACAAAAUUAUACUCAAAACCAUUACAUAUCGCAAUAUAAAGAUCAUAUCAAUCGAAAAUCAAUAAUUUGUUCUAUUUGUCAACAUUUAAUAGAUCAUAAUUCUAAAGAUCCAAUUCUACCAUAUUUAGAUAAUAAUCAAUUCGCAAUCACUGAUCAAACUAUUGAUGAUCAAAAAUGUAAACAAAAAUAUAAACUUCAUAAGAAUUCAAAUAAUUUCUAUCAUAAUCAUCAUCAUCAUUCUCUUCAUUAUCAUAAUCAUAUUAGAUAUAAACGAAAUAGUUAUUCUAUAUUACCUAAUCAUCAUCAUCGUGAUGAUGAUGAUGAUGAUCCUAUACAAGAUAAUAAUUAUGAUUGUUGUGCAAGACAAAUUUCAAAAAAUAUUGAUCAUAUUCAUAAUUAUGAUCAUGAUCAUGAUCAUGAUCGUGAUCAAUGUAAAUAUCGAUCAAAAAUAAUGAUGAAUUCAUUGGAUCAAACUAAUUCUACUACUAUAUUACAUUGUCAACAGUGUUUAUUUAAAAUGAAUAAAGGAUAUAUGAACCAAAGAUAUUUGAAUGGACAAUGUAAUAAUAAUAAUAAUAAUAAUAAUAAUAAUAAUAAUAAUAAUAAUACUGUAAAUGGUAAUUCAACUUCAACUAUGUUAUGUUGUAGUCAUUGUAACCAAUGGUUUAUUCCAUUAUGGAAUCAAGUACAUUAUUAUUCAAGAAAUAAACGAAAUAUUUCAAAAGAUGAUAAUUUAAGACAUAGAUCCUACAACCAUCACUAUUAUCAUCGUUCAUCAAGUCAACCACAAACUAAACAUGAAAGAAUAAUUCAAAAUCAUCUACCUAAAAAUCAUCGAUGUAAUCAUAACGAUGAGUACAGGACAUCGUUAGAGCAAACAUUUAUGAAUAAUGAUACUAAUAAUAAUAAUAUUCAAUGUUCAAAUAUACAACAUCGAAUACAAUUCAAUCAACAAUCAUGUAAAAGACAAUCAAAACACCGACAUAAACGUACUAAACAACGUGCUAAAUCAUACUUACCUAUUCAUCGUUUACUUUCAAAUGAUAUAAACAAUCAAGUAAAUGAUUCAUCAGCUAAAUCGAAUCAUUAUAAAUUAGAAUCAUAUAAAUCUCAAAAACAAAUAGAUCAUCAAUCUAUGAUGAAUAAAAAUGAUAAAUUCAUUGUAGAUCCUUCACUUGAUCUCAAUCAACGGUUGAUCCAUUUAAAACAGGAUCAUAAAUUUAAACGUUAUAAUCGAAAAUAUUUAGGACAAUUAAAUGUUCAAGAAUGGUUAAAUAAAACAUUAACAAACAAUUAUUAAUCAAAUAAAAUCAAUAGAAUUUUGAUCGUUGAUUAAAAAAUAAUAAUAACAUUAAUGUAAUUUCUCCAUUGUAAUAUAACGAUGGAUACUUGUUUUAUAAUUUUUGGUGAACAAAAUUAAUUCAUAAUUUACAUACUAUUAAAUAUACUUUCUAUGAAAUCUGAUUGGCGUGUUUUUAGCAAGAUUUCUUCUACGGGAUCGGGUUGCAGAUCCCAUGCCCAACCCUCCUCCUUUACCCGGGCUUGGAACUGGCAGUGUCUCUAGAAGAGCUACAGGCGGAGAAAACAGACACAGCUACAUUUGAUGGAAAAGCUCUGGAAGAUUUGGAAACCUUCACAUAUCUGGACAAAACCAUUGAUAAACACGGAGGAUCCGAUGCAGACGUAAAGGAAAGGAUUGGAAAUGCAAUGUCUGCAUUCCUAAAGUUGAAGAACAUAUGGAACUCAAAACAACUGUCAACCUAUAUCAAAGUCAAAAUCUUCAAUGAGAAUGUCAUGACAGUUCUACUGUAUGGAGCUCAAACUUGUAGAACUACUACAACCAUCAUCAAAGAAGUACAAGUAUUUAUAAAAAAUUUUCCACGUAAGAUACUCAAUAUUCGUUGGUCGGAUACCUUUAACAACAGCCUACUGUGGGAGAGAACUAACCAACCUCCAUUCAAGGAGGAAACUAGGAAAAGACGGUGGAAGUGGGUAGGAUAUACAUCGCGAAAACCACCUAAGUGUAUCACGAGGCAAGCCCCAAUUCGGAAUCCUGAAUUGAAACGGAAAAGAGGAAGGCCAAAAAACACACUGAGUCUAGAAUUGGAAGCAGACAUCAAAAGGAUGAAUAGCAACUGAAAACAACUGGAAAGGAUUGCAGAGGACAGGAUGAUAUAGAGAGUGCUGGUGGGCGGUCUAUGCUCUUUCAUGACGGGUAACUGGCAUAAGCAAGUAAGUAUAACUAUGAAAUUACCACUCCCUCUUGUUCACAACUUUUUAUAAAAAGUUUUCAAAACACCACUGAAAUCAUUUUGGAAUUAUCUUUGAAAAAAAUGUUAGCUAUGACCUUACUGGCUUAAUGACAAGGCCUUCUACUGUGAUACUUGAUAACACAAACUCGAACCGCCUAAAUAGUAUCGGUCCCAUCAGAAUUCCAGAAAUCUAAGUCAAUCACUGUCUACCAUAUCAACUAAAUAGUUUACAGCUAAAUCAAUUCACUUGGUAGGCAAAAUUCCAAUAGUAUAUUGUGUACUACUAAUGUCAACAGAUAUAAGUAGUAUGUACCAUCAGUCGAAAAUCAUAUACCUGGUGAGACAGAAGGUUAAGAAGAUCGAAGAAAAAAGAAUGAGAACAAAGAAUAACUAAUGUGGAAACAAAAGAACAAUGAAGUCUGAGACGAUUGAUUGACGUUUUACAAAAUGAAUUAUUCACUGUAUGGUUCACAGAUUUUACCAACUGAUUCUUUAAUGUUUUACUCAAAUACAUUCGAUUGUCCCAAUUUGUGUGUUCUCAUUUACCUCAAUAACACUGAAUACAAGAAAGACAGUAUGACAAUUAUUCCUAAUUACAAAACGAAUAUAAUGAAAUUAAA